GUUUAUAACCAAUUGAAAACAUAUUCACGUCGAGGUGCUAAGAAAAAUAAAAUGCAUGACAGGAAAGCCAAUGUGGCUACGGCUGAAGCGGGUGUAGACGCACCCACUCGUCUGCUGCUUUAUAAAUUAAUAAAUAACCAAAUUUUGGAACAAAUAAAUGGUAUUAUAUCGACAGGCAAAGAGGCAGUAAUUCUACAUGCCAAUUCCGAUGCUGGCUAUGCUGAAAAUGUUAAUGAAUAUAAUAGAACCAUAUGCUCUCCUCAAUUAUUACCCAAAGAAUGUGCUAUUAAAAUAUUCAAAACUACUCUAAACGGGUUUAAGCAACGGGAUCGGUAUAUAAAGGAUGAUUAUCGAUUUAAAGAUCGUUUUAGUAAACAAAAUAAGCGUGUUAUCAUAAACAUGUGGGCGGAAAAGGAAAUGCAUAAUAUUAUGCGCAUGCAAAGAGUCGGUAUAAACUGCCCAGACGUGGUUGUUUUAAAAAAGCACGUGUUAGUAAUGUCUUUCAUUGGCAAUAAUCAUAAUGCGGCACCAAAACUUAAAGAUGCACGACUAAGUUCGUGGGAAUUGAGUUAUGCCUAUGAAGAAAUAAUUACAGUGAUGCACAAGCUUUAUAACCAAGCAAAGUUGAUACAUGCCGAUCUGAGUGAGUACAAUAUCCUAUGGCACGAUAAGAAGUGUUGGAUCAUCGAUGUAGCGCAGUCUGUGGAGCCGGAACAUCCAAGCGCAUUAGAACUUCUAAUGCGUGAUUGUGGUAACAUAAUAACCGUAAGUAUAACUUAUUCACUUGUAUGUACUAUAUGCAAAUAAUCAUCCCUCAGAGCCAUUUGACACCCAU